UGGCAGGCAUAUUUGGCCCAGAGUCUGUGGUGAGUGCGUUCAGGAGAUUUAACUGAUGUGUGACACUUACUACAACGGAAAUAUUUGUAUAGACGUGGUGUAAAGGUGGCUUAAUAAUGUAGAAAUCGCUGGAUAUUUUCCCGACGUCGAUCCUGUUACGUAACACCGUGCCCAGUUCCAGCUCUCGCGGUGUUUUGCUAAUGGAAGUGAGUGUCAACAAGGGCCAGGCAGCAGCAGCAACACAGCAGCACUGUCCGGAGCAGGGAGGGAGGAGUGAAGAGGCUGUUCAAACGUCGGAACAUUUGUCUGAGAUGGGGGAUGAUCGUCCAUUUGUAUGCACUGCCCCCGGAUGUGGGCAGAGAUUCACAAAUGAAGACCACCUGUCAGUCCACAAACACAAGCAUGAAAUGACAUUAAAAUUUGGUCCUGCCAGAACAGACUCUGUCAUCAUUGCAGACCAGACCCCGACACCUACACGUUUCCUGAAGAACUGUGAGGAGGUUGGGCUAUUCAAUGAGCUGGCCACCUCCUUUGAGCAGGAGUUUUGCAAAGCACACGAAGACGACCAGAGGACAAAACACCCGGUGAGAAAAAGGGCUGCACCUUUACAAACACCAUCUGAAGUUAAAGUUGAAGAUGAGGGACCUUUACAAGUCGAUUCUUCCUCUCCUGGAAGUCCAGAUUCCUCAUCCAGCAUGUCAGAUGAUAGCAGAAAUUCAAGGGUGAGAGGCAAGGAGAUUCCUACAAAGCCUGUGGUGAGCUCAGCCCCCACUCCAACCAUUGUGCGUCCAGGUUCUCUUCCCCUGCACUUGAGUAAUGAUGCACUUCACCCAACUCUGCCCUCUCCAACUUCUGUCAUCACGCAAGCUCCACCCUCCAACAGACAGCUCAGCUCCCCAACGAGCGCGUAUCCAUUGGUAAGGCAUCUCCCCAAUGGGCAGACAGUCCCUCUUCUGCCCAGUCCUGUUCAGAUGACCUCAGUUAUAUCUCUUGCGAGGCCAGUGAACUCAGUGCCUAACAUCCCUGGGAUUCCAGGACCUCCAGUUGGUGGGGCAAGCAGUGGGUCAUCCUCCCCAUCUGGAUACAGUAUGAAUUCUGAGACGAGGAUGCGGCUGAAAGCAGCUCUAACUCAACAGGGCUCAGGGGUACAGGAUGGGGCUGGUGGGGGGGCAGGGUCCAUCCCUGCCGUCCCCCAGCGGCAGGAACAGAGCCAGCAGCCCUCUCAAAACUCUGAUGCACCAUCACCUGCCCAACCCCAGGUGUCCCCUGCACAGCCAACAGGAGGCCGCCGGCGGCGAGCUACAGAGAUGGACCCUGACGAAAGGAGGCAACGCUUCCUGGAGAGGAACCGUGCAGCCGCCUCGCGCUGCAGGCAGAAACGAAAGUUGUGGGUGAACUCUUUGGAGAAGAAGGCAGACGAUCUCGCCAACAUGAAUGUCUCCCUGACGAAUGAAGUAAGCCUACUGAGGAAUGAGGUGGCACAGCUGAAGCAGCUCCUCCUGGCCCACAAAGACUGCCCUGUCACUGUAAUGCAGAAGAAGGCAGCUUUCCUAGCUGCAGGAGGAGAGGACACCUCCAGGGAUACAUCCACUGAACCCAUCGGCUCCCCAGCGGCAGUUAUCCAGCACGGGCCGUCACCCCCCGCCUCAGCCUCCAGUCCAGGGGCCACCAUCAAUGGACUGAGCGUCCGCGCUGCAGAGGCGGUGGCUAUGUCGGUCUUGGCCGGCAUGGGAUCAGGCCAGCCGGGAGGAAUCGACAUGGCAACGCAGUCACAGUCAGCCCCAAGAUGAUGUGCUGACGCAGGCAGUCAGUAUAAACUUGAGUGGCAUUUGGAGGCCAGACUGGUGCAAAGUGUUUGAAAAGAGGGACCCGCCCUCAACCCCAACCCCAGACUCAGAUACUCUCCUCCACUCACAGCCAAUGAUAAUCACACAAAGACAUGGCACAGUGCCUCCGUCAGACCCUACAGUCCCUGUUCAGAGAAGCUUCGUCACGCUCUGUAUGUAAAUAUGAAUAACACGUUGGACACUCACUCUGCAGGGUUUGGGGCCAUUUCUUGUUCAGUUGUAAAAGGUUUUAGAUUGGGAUGAAAAUAUGAAUGAAAUAAUGUAUCAUUUAUUUUCCUUUCACUUAAAAAUGCAGCUUAAAGUCCAACUUUGUCCCACACACUGGCUGUGAUGAGGUUGGUUGCUUUCCAGGCUGACAGUUUUACUUGUAUUUUUCAAUUGUAAGAAAAGAUUUUUAUGCCUGAUACUGGUCGUUGACCUCAUGUUUUGCUGAUGUAGUGAAAGUGCGUACCGUGAGAGAUUUGCUGGCGUAUUGCAGUAAAAGUCAGCCUGGGAAAUGUUUCUAAUGCUCUUUAUUUGUUUACUUUUCAACCUGUCCUUUAGUUCUUUCUAUAUGUUUCCCUUUUGAGUUAAAUUUCUCAAAUACACGUGACGGUUUAGUCAGCCGAGUGCAUAACAAACCAAAUUGUAGUUGUGUACACAGUUUACCCUGUGAGUGUGUGCCUGACUUUUUUACCACCCUUUUUAAGCCAUUUGGAAUGGAUGUCAUGCCAUUAGUUGUGUAUGUAUCAAACCCUAUUGACUGCAUGGAUUUCUCAAGACUGAAGAAUACCACUGUUUGUGCUUCAUCUUACUAUCACUGCUGAUUGAUCUGCUUUUCUUCUGUUUUAUAUUAUGAAAUUAUUGAUGCAAAAACUGUCCUUGUUAUGUAAGGAUUCCAUCCUCAGUCCUAAUGUAACACACUUGAAAUGGUUAGCUUUAGAAGGCCUUUAAAUGAUAAUCAAACAUAAUAGAUUUAAAAUCAUUUACCCUGGCAUUUCAUUUGAGGAAAGAGUAGUGCAAUAUAUUUUUCUAUUGAAUAUCAAUGUUCUUGCAUUUAGCUGAUGUGUGUAGCCCAGCCGCUCAGAGGGGUUUGGUGUAUUUCAGUGGAAAGCUAAAGUUAUGAGGUGACCAGAGAAAAUGUGAAGAUGAGUGCUCUUGAAUGAAUGAGAUUGGUGAUUAGAACACAUCUGUAGAGAAAUACAGAUGUCCUAGUCCUGGAUGCUUUCCAACAUUUGAAAAGCUGUCUUGUAUCAUGAAGUAGACUUAAUACUUGUGCAAGGUGCUUCUUUUGAAAUUUAAGUUUUGAAAAGCAGAUUGUUUUAUACCGCAUUGUACUUCCAAGUCUGUCAUGUUGUUUUCCCCCUUGUCACUGUGUGUGUGUGUGUGGGUUUCUUUUUAUUUUUUACAACAUGUCAUUGUUUUUAAGAUGUUCAUUUUUCUCUAUCGGCAUGUUAGGCUUUGUUUUUUCCAUUGCGUGAUAGUGUGUCCCUUUUAUUUUGUUAAGAGGAUAGGUAUGUCUCUUAUUUGUUAAACAGAGAUUGACCCACAUGGAAAACAAAAAAAACGUCUCAAAAAUCUCUGUAUGGAGUGAGUUUGUCAAAUACUCAGGCCUCAAGAUGGGAAAAAAUACUUGUGUAUAGUCUCAACUAAUGAAUAAGUUGUCUCGGGCAAAUAAUAAAAUAAAUUAAUGAAAAAUAAAAGCUCA